AUGGUCAGACAUAUGUUCCCUAAUCUCCUACUGCUCUGGUCAAUCAGCCAUGACCUUCAUAUAACUGGACAGACAUAUCACAAGCCAAAGGAGCAGUCCUGGAACAACCAGAAUCUCUACUCUGUCCCUCUGGAUUUGGAUGUAAGGCUUAGAAGACUAGACCUGUCCAAUAACUUCAUCAGACAGUUGCACACACUUGCUUUGCCAUACUUGGAACAGCUGGACCUGAGCUCCAACCAGCUGGAUCUCAUCUCUGAAGGGGCUUUUGAAAACCUGGCUCGACUCGAGGAGUUGAAUUUGUCCAGAAAUGUGCUGAACAACAACCUUGGCAGUAACGGAAAAGCCCUCCAAUCCCUCAGUAGACUGAAGAGUUUGGACAUAUCAAUCAACGGUUUGAGUGAUGACGCAGUCGAGCUUUACCUGCGUAACAAAUCGUCUCUUGAACAACUUAAGAUGACCGGUAAUGCUUUAACAAGACUUUCACAGAACUUGUUCAAAGAGAGUAAAGGUUUGAGAGCCAUUACUAUUGAGGACAAUCAGAUCUCAGUGAUAGAACAGGGGACAUUUGAACCAUUGGGACAAUUAGAGAUGCUGAACUUGGCUAAAAAUAACCUCGUACAUAUCUGCGAUUUUAAAUUACAUCAAGUCAAAUAUCUGAAUCUUAGUCAAAAUUCUAUUGAGUUCUUUGUUACGCGUGAAGAUGACCAGUUAUACCAGCUUGAAAUUCUUGAUCUGAGUCACAACAAACUUCUUUAUUUCCCAAUAGUUCCAAAAAUGAACAGUUUGAGGUAUCUCUAUUUACAGAAUAAUCUGGUUGGUGCCUUAAAUUUAGAGGCUACAAUGGUAUCGGAGGCCAAUUCUCUUUAUAGUGAGAUUAUGAAAGAGAAAACAGUCAAAAAAAACAAUCUACACUCAAUCUGGCGGCUGAUGCCAUUGAUUUAUAUCGACCUGAGCUAUAACCACUUUAGGUCUUUCCCACUGGAGACUUUGAGUCGUCUCACCUCUUUAGAAACUCUAAAUUUCAGUUACAACUGUUUGCAAAACAUUGCCUGGGAUGUAAGAAAUGAUGAAUCAGGAUAUCCUCAGAAGCUUUUCUUUCCCUCCUUGAAGUACCUUGACCUGCAGAGUAAUGGACUUGAAUAUGUUUCUCCACUUUUUCUUAAUGCACUCAUGCAAAUAGAAACAUUAAAUCUACAAGACAAUUCUGUUCAACCUUGUGCCUCAACACCUCAACAAAUAAAUAACAUGUCCUGUGUGCUUUUUGAGCAGCUAAGGACUCUUAAACACCUAAAUCUGAGAGAAAACCACAUCAAAACGCUUCAUCCAAACACCUUUCACGAAAUCUCUUUGGUUUCUCUGAACCUUGCGAGAAAUACACAUAUGAUAAUGCAAAGCGAUGCAUUAGGGGGUGUGCAGAACACUCUCCAGUCCUUGAUUAUCAGUGAAUUAAACAUGACCAGCUCUAAUCUGUCUCUACCCUGCAUGCCUGUGUUAACUCAGCUCAACAUAUCUAACAACCACCUCGAUGUGAUACCCAGCAGUUUUAGCUGCUCUCCUCUCAGAGAAAUCGACAUAAGGAAUAAUAAUUUUGCAUCGUUAAACCAUUCUUUGAUUCUUGCUCUAUCUGUGCGCCUCACACGUAUUUAUAUAAGUGGAAAUUAUUUUAACUGUUGCGACAGUAAAUGGCUAAAAAUCCUACAUGAGUUGAAGAUAGAACUACCUGAUGUAAAUGACACUGUCUGCUUUACAAGUCAUGGGAACUUUGCAAUGACAGAGUAUAUAAAAAACCCUUUAGAAAACUGUGUCUUUCAUACAGAAGCACAGGAAAUUCACUUUGGAACAAUGAUUAUAAUUGUUUUAUUUCUUAUUGUGAUAUUAACAAUGUUCAUCAUAUUCACCAGGAAGCUGUGUUGUACACAGAGAUCUUUUAUAGUCUGAUAUUAUAAGUCCACAUGGGUUACAUUUAGUUAGCAAAACAAAUACAACACUGAGAAACUGGAUGGCAAACAAAAGUAACUGAAGCAUGAUUCCUGUGAGUUUCAUUUUGCAUUGAGCCAUUUUACUAUAAACAGAAGUGGGGCUUUAUGGCGUCUUAGGCUGUAAAAACUAGCAGACUUUUAGUUAAUAAAAUGCAGUAAAAUUACCAUCUAAAACAUCUCAAUUCAGGCUCUUUUAUGACUCCCCUGCACGUUGUUAGUCUUUUUUGAACAUGCUUCACAUCUUGUGACCUUUGCAGCCGAAAUGUUUUGAUUGAAAUUGGCUUUAUCGACUCCCAAAGCUGUUUGAUUAUGGUGCGAUCCAAAUCGCUAAUCAGGCGGAGAAUUUUUGCCCAUCCUUCAUUGUGAAAUGUUUGCUUGCAAGUAAAAGUUUAACCUUGGCUCAAUUUUUUAUGACGUCUGUGAGGCCUUGCACAACAUUUUUAUCCCAGCAUCUGAACUUUUGAACAUUUCAAUAAAAUGCUAAUUUGAACCUUUGUACAAGUUUCUUCACAACCAAUAACUGUAUAAAUACUAUACAUAGAUAUACUAAAUAUUUUGACAGUGUGUAUAUACAAAUCAUUUUGAUAUAUAUCACUUUCUGCAUCUGUUUGUAUUUUCUUCUGUAUAAUUUAUGUGGUUCUGAUCCUUGUUAUUUAAUACAAUGGUAAAU